UCCGCCCGGCGCGAAGUGUCGCGCGGCGCGGCCGGAGCUGGGCUGGGGCCCGGGCCGAGCCCGCCGAGCCCCGCCGGGCCUGAGGCGGCGGCGAUGGGCGGCGGGCGCUGAUCCCGCCCCGCUCCCGCAGCCAGGUGCCCGCCAUGGAGGAGGAGAGCAUGGAGGAGGAGGGCGGCGGCGAGGCCAUGAUGGACGACCAGAACCACAACAACUGGGGCGCGGGCGGCUACGGGCGGCACCUGCUCGGGGAGCGACUGCUGCCGCCAGCCGGGCCGCCGCGCCCGGGGCCCGAGCACAACGGCGCGGGGCUGCGGGGCUGCGAGCCGGGGGCUGCCGCCGGCAGGGCGGGGGCGGCCGGGGCCAUCGCCGCCAUCAACAUCAGCGCCUCGACCUCCAAGUUCCUAAUGAAUGUUAUAACAAUUGAAGACUAUAAGAGCACAUAUUGGCCAAAGUUGGACAGUGCCAUAGAUCAGCUUUUAACUCAGAGUCCUGGUGACUACAUCCCUAUCUCCUAUGAACAAAUAUACAGUUGUGUGUAUAAGUGUGUAUGCCAGCAGCAUUCGGAACAGAUGUAUAGUGACCUAAUAAAAAAGAUAACUAACCACUUAGAGAGAGUCUCAAAGGAGCUGCAGGCCAGCCCUCCAGAUCUCUAUAUUGAAAGAUUUAACGUAGCUCUUGGACAGUAUAUGGGAGCAUUGCAGAGCAUUGUGCCUCUUUUCAUAUAUAUGAAUAAAUUUUACAUAGAAACCAAGCUAAACAGAGACUUAAAAGAUGACCUUAUAAAGCUGUUUACGGAACAUGUUGCAGAAAAGCACAUUUACAACCUAAUGCCUUUACUUUUGGAAGCUCAGUCAACACCGUUUCAAAUAACUCCUUCAACCAUGGCAAAUAUUGUGAAAGGCCUGUAUACACUACGACCAGAAUGGGUACAGAUGGCACCAGCUUUAUUUUCUAAAUUCAUCCCAAAUAUUCUACCCCCUGCUGUGGAAUCUGAGCUUCAGGAAUAUGCUGCUCAAGACCAGAAACUUCAAAGAGAGCUUAUUCAGAAUGGAUUUACUAGAGGUGACCAGUCACGCAAGAGAGCUGGAGAAGAGUUAACUUACAAUGGCUCAUCAGCUUGUGCAAGCUCCAGGGGAUACAGAUAGUGAAUAUACUGGAUCAGCUUCUAUUCCUAGCCAGAACAGACACUGGAGGAGCACAGGUAUUAUCUGGAGCCUCCUUUGGCAACUGCUGAUACUCAAGCUCUGACACAAACUAUGCCUCAAAGAAGAGUUUUGGACUUUCUUCUUUAUAUAUUAAAAUGUCAGUUGCUGCUACAGUUGAGAUGACUUUGAAAGACACAAUUCCUUGGUCUGGCCUAUCAACAAGUUCUUCUGCAACCUUUGUGAGGAAUGCACCUUGAAAAACAAUCCUUUCAAAGUGGAAACGGGCAGCCGAAAUCAGCAGCUUCCUAAAGCGUUAGAAUGGAAGAAUCCUUUUUGCACUCUUUUCUUAUUAUUAAGGACAUUCUUAAAACUAGCUAACACGUCAGUGUAUUAGAUUUUAAACUUCAAGUUAUUUUCUGGAGCUUCUACUCAAAUAAUAAGAAUAAAGUUUCAUUAUUUUGCAGUA